AUGUCGUUAGACCCCAUCGAAUUAGAAUGUAGACUUGAAAUUUUAAAUUCACACAGCGAAAAGCUAAUGACGUGUCAAUCAAGAAUAGAAGAAAUUGAUGAGGAAGAUUUGGCCCGUGGAGAAUUGGAGGACAUAGUUGUAGAAACGAAGUCCAUGAUUAAGUCCAUUCUCGCAAAAAAUAAAUCUUCUGUUGCCGAGUCGUCAUUUAUUGCACCUCACAGCUCGCGACUCCCUAAGAUGUCGCUGCCCAAAUUUAAAGGGGAAUAUUCUGAAUUUAAGAAUUUCAUGAGCUUGUUCGAGAGUUUAGUGCACAACGAUCCUACGAUCCCGGAUAUCGAAAAAUUUAAUCAUUUAGUGUCGUGUUUAUCCGGUGAAGCAUUGGGCACAGUGAAGUCCUUCCAAAUGUCGGAAGAGAACUACCCAAAGGCGUUGGCCAGUUUGAAGAGAGUAUAUGACAAUAAAUGUCUAAUAUUUUUCAAUACAGUUUCUAGACUCUUUGAUCUCACUAAAAUUCAAAAACCUUCUGCUUCAUCUUUGCGAUUGAUAAUCGACACAGUGUCCGCGGUGUAUGACUCGCUUUUGUCUCUGGGUGAUGACAAGCAUAUUUCAAAUGCGAUGUUAAUUCACAUAGUCAUGUCCAAGGUUGAUCCCACUACUCGGUCAAAGUGGGAGGAGCAGCUGGACUAUGAUAAAUUGCCGCUUUGGGCUGAGUGUGAAGCUAUGCUCAAUAAGAGGUACCAGCAUCUUUCUGCUGAAGAAGCUUCCUCAUCCCAGACAAAAAUUAAUAAUUCAGACACUCGACAGAAGACAAGGAAUCAACAAUUCGAAAGAUCGAAGGCAGCAUUUAUCGCAACAAACUCUAAAGAGACAACUUGCCUGCACUGUGGUUCAAAGGACCAUUCCAUUACAUCUUGCCCAAAAUUCCAAACGUUGACUGCUCUUCAGAGAUUCGAAUACGCGAAAUCGGUUUCCUUGUGCAUAAAUUGCUUGCGCAAGGGACAUACCGUCUCAAGGUGCAAAUCAGAUCGCUGUCGCGUGUGCAAUCGGUCACACCAUACUAUGCUGCACCAAUACCCGAUCUCUUUUGAGACUGAGCGUCAACCUCCGACGACACAGGCGAUGCAUACUAGCAGUGUGCCAGAUCGCGUCAUGCUAGCCACAGCCGUAGUGUACGUAAAGUGCUGCUCCGGUAGUUAUGUGUCAGCUCGCGCUCUGCUUGACUCUGGGUCCCAAGUCAAUUUUAUGACCGAGGAGCUGGCACAAAAAUUGCGAAUACGAAGAGAGAAGUCGACUCUGAAUGUAAUUGGAAUUGGCAAUUCGAAUAAAAAGGUCCAAGGCAAAUUAAAUGCUUUCGUAAAAUCGAGGGUCAAUGAUUUUGAAUUUUCAACAGAUUUUUGGGUAAUGGGUUCGAUAUCAGCCAAUCACCCAGAUCACACAGUGAACACAAAUGGCUGGAAAAUCCCACAAAAUCUCGAAUUGGCUGACCCAAACUUCUUCAAGUGUCAAAAAAUCGACAUAUUAUUGGGAGCUGAGACAUUCUUUGAUCUGUUAUCGGUGGGUCAGAUCAAAACCAGUCCAAGGCAGCCAACGCUGCAAAAAACAUUAUUAGGCUGGAUAAUAUCGGGCAAAUAUGCCUCAAGUCAAAGCUCCAGUGGACAAGUAAGUAGCACAUUAUGUAAAGCCGAAGAGAAUAUGGAAAACAUCGAUGCCACCGUCCAGAAAUUUUGGGCGCUGGAAGAACUACCCUCGGAGGCAAACGUCAAAAGACUAACUCCUGAACAAGCUGAAUGCGAGCAGGUAUUUUCGAAAACCACGGUUGUUUUGCCAGAUGGAAGGCUUCAAGUCAGAUUGCCUUUUAAGAAUGAUCGUAAGUUACUCGGUCAUUCGUAUGAAACCGCAGCUCGGCGGUUUCAGGCGCUGGAGAGAAGGACUCUGAAAGAUCCAGAACUUCGCAAAAUGUAUCUGGACUUCAUGAAAGAGUACCUAGAAUUGGGCCAUAUGAGCCCCACAAACAACAGAAUCCCGAGUGAGCCGCAUUAUUUCAUUCCGCAUCAGUGUGUGUUAAGACCGCAAAGCACGACUACAAAGUUGCGCGUAGUUUUUGACGCUUCAAGCCGUACAUCCACACAAGUUGCGUUGAAUGACAUCUUAAUGGUCGGACCGACCGUUCAAGAAGAGCUUUUUUCGACACUCCUCCGCUUCCGAUUGCACAAAUAUGCCAUUACUGCCGACGUCACAAAGAUGUAUCGACAGAUUUCAGUGCACGAAGAUGAUAGGAACUUUCAGCUCAUAGUGUGGAGACCAGAUCCAUCAGAGCAUUUGCAAGUCUUUCGUUUAAAUACCGUGACUUAA